AUGCUGUCCCUGCCUGAAGGAUUGAAUGUAGGGAGGGAGGAGGAUAUGACUGAGGGCGCGAGCUAUGCAGCUGAGGGCGCGAGCUACGCAGCUGAGGGCGCGAGCGACGCAGCUGAGGGCGCGAGCGACGCAGCUGAGGGCGCGAGCGACGCAGCUGAGGGCGCGAGCAAAGCAGCUGAGGGCGCGAGCAACGCAGCUGAGGGCGCGAGCAACGCAGCUGAGGGCGCGAGCAACGCAGCUGAGGGCGCGAGCAACGCAGCAGAGGGCGCGAGCAACGCAGCAGAGGGCGCGAGCAACGCAGCUGAGGCCGCGAGCAACGCAGCUGAGGACGCGAGCAACGCAGUAGAGGGCGCGAGCAACGCAGCUGAGGGCGCGAGCAACGCAGCAGAGGGCGCGAGCAACGCAGCAGAGGGCGCGAGCAACGCAGCAGAGGCCGCGAGCAACGCAGCUGAGGACGCGAGCAACGCAGCAGAGGGCGCGAGCAACGCAGCAGAGGGCGCGAGCUACGCAGCUGAGGGCGCGAGCAACGCAGCUGAGGGCGCGAGAAACGCAGCUGAGGGCGCGAGAAACGCAGCUGAGGGCGCGAGCAACGCAGCAGAGGCUGAGGGCGCGAGCAACGCAGCAGAGGGCGCGAGCAACGCAGCAGAGGGCGCGAGCAACGCAGCAGAGGGCGCGAGCAACGCAGCUGAGGGCGCGAGCAAAGCAGCUGAGGGCGCGAGCAACGCAGCUGAGGGCGCGAGCAACGCAGCAGAGGGCGCGAGCAACGCAGCAGAGGGCGCGAGCAACGCAGCAGAGGGCGCGAGCAACGCAGCUGAGGGCGCGAGCAAAGCAGCUGAGGGCGCGAGCAACGCAGCUGAGGGCGCGAGCAACGCAGCCGAGGGCGCGAGCAACGCAGCAGAGGGCGCGAGCAACGCAGCAGCUGAGGGCGCGAGCAACGCAGCUGCGGGCGCGAGCAACGCAGCAGAGGGCGCGAGCAACGCAGCAGAGGGCGCGAGCAACGCAGCUGAGCGCGCGAGCAACGCAGCAGAGGGCGCGAGCAACUCAGCUGAGGGCGCAAGCAACGCAGCUGCGGGCGCGAGCAACGCAGCUGCGGGCGCGAGCAACGCAGCUGAGAGCGCGAGCAACGCAGCUGAGAGCGCGAGCAAAGCAGCUGAGGGCGCAAGCAACGCAGCAGAGGGCGCAAGCAACGCAGCAGAGGGCGCGAGCAACGCAGCAUAG